ACCGCCCAGUUUUGGCCCCCCAAAAUCGCGGUUAGGGUUUUAGAGAGUCGCCAUGGCUCGCCUGAAUCUAGAGCAAAUCGCUCGAGAUGACGAAGACCUCGAUUCCUCGUCAACAACUUCUCUUAACCUCUCAUCUCGAGCUCUCUCCGAUGUUUCGUGCUUGGCGAGUUUCAGGAACUUGGAGAAGCUCGAUCUCGAGUUCAACUGCCUCUCCUCCCUCGAGGGUCUGUCUUCGUGCGCCAACUUGAAAUGGCUGUCAGUUGUCGAGAACAAGCUCGAGACUUUGAAAGGAAUUGAAUGCCUCUCCAAGCUUACGGUGUUUAAUGCUGGAAAGAAUAAACUUCGGAAAAUUGAUGAAAUCAGCGCAGUUACGAGUUUGAGAGCAUUAAUCUUGAAUGAUAACAACAUAUCUUCCAUUUGCAAACUUGAUGAGCUUACGUACUUGAAUACACUUGUUCUUUCUAAAAACCCAAUUUAUGAUAUUGGCGAUUCUUUGAUGAAGGCAAAAUCUCUCAGAAAGUUGUCCCUCUCUCAUUGCCAUCUCGAAAGGAUUGGAUCUUCCCUCACAUCAUGUGUUGAGCUGAAGGAGCUACGACUUGCUCACAACAAGAUCACUACCAUCUCAGCUGAAUUGGCACGGAAUAUUAGACUUCAGAAUUUAGAUUUGGGUAACAACCUGAUAGAGAAUUUCUCAGAAUUGAAGGUGCUUUCUUCGUUGCCUAACUUGAAGAAUCUCAACUUCCAAGGAAACCCUAUUGCACAGAAGGAUAAGUUGGCAAAGAAGGUUAAACAGUUAGUGCCCAAUUUGAGAAUAUUCAAUGCAAAACCUACAGAAAUUAACAAGAGAAAAAAGUUCUCUGAGGAGGACAAAAGUGAUCAGUCUGAAAUCGAAGCUGAUGAGCAAGUUAAGAGGAAGAAGUCUAAGAAAGAUGUCAAGAUCCUGGAGAAAAAUAUUUCAAAGUCAUCCUCUGAGGAAGACCAUCUCCUUUCUAGUCUCAGUGCUUCUAAACUUGAAGAUAAGGAAGGGAAGAGAAAGAAGUCGAAGAAGAACGCGAAGACCUCUGAUAAACAUAUUUCGAGUGGGUCUAUUGCUAGUGAUGAAGUUGGAGAAGAAAAAGGGCGGAGAAAAUCUAAGAAAGAAGAGAGGGAGAAUAGCAGGGAAUUCGAGAAAGAAGAGGUUCUGUUGUUUCCGGAUAUCAAUGAUUUAGAGAAACUGCCCGUUGAUCCUCUUGACUAUAAAAAUUCUGAGGAUACAGACAGGGAGAAGAAAGGCCAAAAAGUGGCUCGUGGUGAGAAAAAGGCCCAUGGUCUGGUCAUCGAACAUAAGAAAGGAAAAAGAACAGAUCUUUCCGCAUCGGUGGGGAUCUUGACACCAAGCUUAGAUGUUGGACUGGGAGGGCCAUCAACUUGGGAUGUCUAGGGCUUUGUCGUCCAGGUAAUUUUGCUUGUUUUUGCUCUAAUCUUGUUUGAGUAACACUGAACUUUUCUUAAAUUAUAUGGAGCUUGUACUUCGCUAUUUAUUUACUUGUCCGCCAAAGCAUCUGAUUCUUGGUAUGUUACUACUGUACAAUAAGCCUAUAGGACUGUUAGAAGAACUAGAAGAGGAGUUGGCAAAUGGGUUUUGACGAA